AUGCCACAGGCGAACGGUAUUGAAGCGAAUCUCAUUUGCGAUGGAAGCCCUUUGACUGAGUACCCCAGCGGCGAUUUCGCGCCCAACACUGUCUUUUGUCAGUCAACCCCAGGCCAAACAUUCGAGGUCAAGGUCUCAGGACCAGAGGCGUGUAGCGAUCGUACGGUAAGGCUCUACUGUGACGGAGUCUUCAUGGAUGGUUAUGUAUUCCUUCGCGGUUGCCGUGUUGACGUAACUUUUCACGGUAUCUAUCUGCCGAACGAUGGUACAAGAUUGAUGCCCUUCAAGUUUACAAACAUCGAGCUCUCUGAGGAAGAUGACAGUCACUCCGAUCGAAUCUUUGAAAACCUCGGCACUGUGUCUGUAGAAUUGACACAUUGUAUCAUGGGUUCAUCCGAACAAAUACCUGAAAAGACUCCUAUUCCAUGCGUUGCAUCAAGCAAGAAAAUUUCUGAAAGGAACAAAAAAGCAAGUAUGAUCCCACAUACCAUCAGUCUUGGGGCAUCGAUCAUUGCCCCAGAACCGGAUACGACAGCAUAUAGUUUCUAUCUUCAGAGAGAUCCAACACCUCAUCUGCGCUUUGUGUGGCAGUACAGGUCUCGUGACUUGUUGAUCGCAGAUGGUCACAUUCCUCGCCCUGCAAACCCUAUCCCAGACAUACUGUUAUUAACUACACCUCCCAUCACGCGCCAACGUGAUGAACCGAGACCAGCGGACGGACAAGGACUUGGUAGCAGCAAAAGUCGUGAACCCGCACUGCCACCUGGACGCUCCUCCAAUGUUCAUUUGAACACUCUGCCAGGUAUCCAGCCAAACACCAGCGGUACCGAGCCAGUGAUGAUCGAAUCCAAUAGUCAUACGGAAAAUAAGCCUGACAUCAAGCCAAAGACCAGCCGUACCGUGCCAGUGAUGAUCGAAUCCAAUAGUCAUACGGAAAAUAAGCCUGACAUCAAGCCAAAGACCAGCCGUACCGAGCCAGUGGUGAUUGAUCUGUGCGAUGACAAUCCAAUCACCAUAUUCUUUUCUAGUACUUAUGAUAACCCCAUCCUUCUCGAUGAUGAUGAUGAUGAGCCAACAAUCAAAUCUAGCAAAAGGGUCACCCAAGCUCCUAUUAGUCUGGCCCAGAAGGACGACAACAUACCUGUGAGGAUUGAACCAGAGACCUGUGAUAACACAUCUCCUGACAUACAAUCCAAACAAGCGAAACGAGCGCAGCUUAAGACCUUAGCUGAAGACGGUACUCAGAAGCGCAUGAAGCUCGAUAUGUUGUCUAUGGCUCUGCAUACUCAACCUCUGUAA